AUGUGGGACGAAGCCCCCCGUGGGGCCGAGCCCGAGGUGGGGCCGAGCCCCCCAGGAGCCCGAGCCCCCCGUGGGGCGGAGCCCGAGGUGGGGCCGAGCCCCCGCAGAGGCCCGAGCCCCCCGUGGGGCGGGAAUAGCCUGCGUGGGCAGGGCCCGCUUGUGGGCGGGCCCGCUGGGGCGGCCUACGCCGGCGCCACCUGGCUGGAGGAGACCGAGGACACCUGCGUGGCCUGGGACGAGCCCGACACGUCGUCGUCGUCCCCGAAGGGGCUCCGGCCGCAGAACACGAGCUUGAGCAUGCACGAGCGGAACUGCGGGGGGCACGGCUCGGAACGGACCCCCGGGGCACCGGGCACGCAGGGGGACCCCCGGGACCACAGAGGGACCCCCCGGGACACCCGGGCACGCAGGGGGACACCCCGGGACCACAAAGACCCCCCGGAGACCCCGGGCACGCAGGGGACCACCCCGGGACCACCGGACACACAGAGGGACCCCUCAGGACACCCGGACACACACAGAGACCCCCGGGACCACAGAGACACCCCCCGGGACCCCCAGGACACCGGGCACACAAGGGGACACCCCGGGACCACCGGGCACACAGGGGGACACCCGGACCCACAGAGAGACCCCCCAGGACCACCGGACACACAGAAGGACCCCCCCGGGACACCUGGACACGCAGAGGGACCCCCCGGGACCCCCGGACCCACAGAGAGACCCCUGGACACACAGAGGGACCCCUCAGGACACCCGGACACACACAGAGACCCCCGGACCCGACACAACACAGCAGACCCCCGGAACACAGCAGGGACACCUGGACACACAGAGAGAGCCCCGGGGACCCCCGGACACACAGAGGGACCCCCAGACCCUCAGGGACACCCCCGGAUCCACGGAGAGACCCCCGGGGAACCCCCUGACCUACACAGAGACCCCCAGACCCACAGAGAGACCCCCAGACCCACAGAGAGACCCCUGGACCCUGAGGGACACCCCCUGACCCACAGAGAGACCCCCAGAGAGACCCCCAGACCCACAGAG